UGAGCGGUGACCAGCUGCAUAAAGACCGUGAGAGAGAAACACCGACAUCAUAUACGUGUUUGGAUCAUAUUUGGUUUUCUCUCUCCUUUUUUGUUCGUGGCUUCAUUUUUUCGACAGCAACAUGUUUUCAAUGUUUCCAAAAACGUUGCUGUUGGUUUUGUUUUGUGCGUGUGCAGAGUCUGCAGCCAGAAACGGCAGUACACACGGGAGGGCCUUUGCCAUUUUUGAGUUUACAGUCACACAUAAGCCAAUAAACCAGCGUUCAGAUGAAGAUUUUACUGAUAUCAAUAAUUCUACACAAGUUCGGGCUCAUAAUGGAACUCAUAAUGUAACACCCACCAGGCAGGAAAUCUCAGAGGAGGCACUGCAGUUUCUCAAAGGCCCUGUGUCCACUGUCCUCAUACCGUCCUUCUACACGCUGGUCUGCCUCAUCAGCAUGCCAUUUAACAUCUGUGCGGUGAUAGCUUUCGCUCGAAGGAUCCGUCCAAAAAAACCAGCAGCAAUCUACAUGCUGAACUUGGCCUGCGCUGACCUAAUCUUUGCCUUGCUGCUCCCCUUCAAGAUCUCCUACCACUUUGGUGGCAACAACUGGAUAUUUGGUCCAAUUAUGUGCCGUGUGGUCACUGCAGCUUUUUACUGGAACAUGUAUUGCUCUGUUCUGCUCAUAACUUGCAUCAGUGUGGAUCGGCUUCUUGCUAUAGUCUACCCUAUGGACUCCCUGGUUUGGAGGUCGCCACAGAAUUCAAUCAUAGCCUGUGUCACCAUGUGGAUAUUAUCCUUGGCUGGCUCAGUGCCCCUAGUGGUCUCCGAACAGACUGUUCACUUAAAACAGCUGGAUAUCACCACCUGCCACGACAUCCAGAAAGCUGAUCAACUAAUCUGGCACUACAAGAUCUACUUCAUCAUUCUCUGCUGCCUCCUCUUCUUCCUGCCUCUGCUCAUCACAGUAGUGUCCUACACUCGGGUGAUCUGGUCACUGAGCAGGGUCCCACGCGGGGUUCCUGGACGCUCACGCAGACGCAUGAGAGCAGUGGUGAUGGUUUUAACGGUGCUGGUGAUGUUUGUGUUGUGCUUUAUGCCCACAAACUGCCUGCUGCUGGCACACUACCUACAAAUCAACGAGGGAAUGAAAAACCCCCAACAGGCCCCUGAUGGUUCCUACUCGAUCUAUCUGGUUUUCCUGUGUUUGGGGAGUUUGAACUGCCUUCUGGAUCCGCUGGUCUACUACUUCGGAUCAUCCCAAUGCCAGAAACAACUGUCCAAAGCACUGAGGUGUCAGAAGAUUACAGAGGUCAGCAGCAGUCAUUCAUCUUCUGAUUCAUAUAAAUCCACCGCCAGAACGAUUCUGAAGUCCAGCCACAAAGAAAGUUCAAAGACAAACUCAUCAACCACCAAAAUGGACUCUUUCCAAUCAAAUCUCAACAGUCAAUACAAUAAACUACUGGUCUUGUAG